UAUAAUCUGUGACAAUUCAAAUCGUUAGAAAGAAAACGCAAGGGGAAAAAAGAUGUCGUCAAUCGCCGAUGAGGAAUUGCGUCGCCGGAAACUGGAAGAAGCCCUCGAAAUCAAAUCCCUCCGCCGUAUCAUCAGCGCUUAUCUCAACUACCCAGAAGCUGCUGAGGAGGAUAUUGUAAGAAAUGAAAGAUGCUUUAGAAGGCUUCCACACGCCCACAAGGCGUUGUUGUCGCAUCUGCCCCUGAAAUUUCAGAAAUAUAGAUGGUGUGUCUCGCAAAAUUCCUAUUUCAUAUUUGAAAUGCUUAAGACAUUCGAACCUCCUCUUGAUAUGAGUGCGGGCAUUUAUAUGUCUGAAAAUCAAACCACGGCGGAGAGUGCCUCUGAUAACCGUCAUUUGUCUGGUGAACUGGACCUUCUUCCCUGUCAAUCUGGCUCAAAAAGUGGCGACCUGAAUUUUGCAAAUGCUGGUGAACUUAGCUCUAGGGAAGGAGCCAUUCUCAAACCAGAAACCGUCAGUGAGCAACAGGAGAAGAAAAAUCGAAUCUUUGAACAAAACAAUGCGGGGAACUGCUGUGUAGACUCCGAGUGUAACGGAAAGGUAGAGAAUGCUGAUGCUGAUUGUUGUCAGAGUGAAAAAAAUUCUCCACCUUCAUCUUCUAUGCAUGACUGUGAUAGACAUGUAUCCUCAUCAUCGCCUGAUUGGUUGGACCCAUCAUUGCAGUUUCAUGUUCCUUUAGUUGAUGUAGAUAAGGUUCGAUGCAUCAUAAGGAACAUUGUUAGAGACUGGGCAGCAGAGGGUCAGCAGGAACGUGAUGAGUGCUAUAAGCCAAUUCUUCAAGAACUUGAACAACUUUUUCCACAUCGUUCUAGAGACAGUCCUCCUGCAUGUUUAGUUCCUGGAGCUGGACUUGGGAGGUUAGCAUUAGAAAUCUCAUGCCUGGGUUUUAUAAGCCAAGGAAAUGAAUUUUCGUACUACAUGAUGAUAUGCUCCAGUUUUAUACUAAACCACUCUCAAGUUGCGGAUGAGUGGACCAUAUAUCCAUGGAUACACAGUAAUUGUAAUUCACUUUCAGACAGUGAUCAGCUUCGCCCUGUUUCAGUUCCGGAUAUUCAUCCAGCUAGUGCAGGGAUUACUGAAGGCUUCUCAAUGUGUGGAGGUGAUUUUGUUGAAGUCUAUAAUGAUCCAAGUCAAGUAGGAGUUUGGGAUGCAGUUGUGACUUGUUUCUUUCUUGAUACCGCACACAAUAUUGUCGAAUAUAUUGAGAUUAUCUCAAGAAUUCUCAAAGAAGGGGGUGUCUGGAUAAAUUUGGGGCCCCUGCUUUAUCAUUUUGCAGAUUCGUAUAAUCAGGAAGAUGAGAUGUCGAUUGAGCUGAGCUUGGAAGAUGUAAAGAAUGUUGCCUAUCAUUAUGGAUUUGAAAUAGAGAAAGAAUCAACAAUUGCGACAACUUAUACAUCGAAUCCAAGAUCAAUGAUGCAGAACCGUUAUUAUGCCGCGUUCUGGACCAUGCGGAAGAAAACACUUGCAGCGGCAAGUCCACAGACUGUGACAUAAUUUCGUAUCUACUUUCUAUUGAAAUAAAUUGAGAUAAAAAUGAUUUUAUGUGAUUGAGGUUAAAAGCCCGGGUAUGAGAAGCAUUCUUUGGGUUUACCAAAUUGUGCUGCAUUCGAAUUUUUGUGUAUUACUCAUUAGGAUAUGAAGUUCAAACAUUAAUGCAACACUAACGCUUUGGGGGUUAACGAUAGAUGUGAGUGGUACAGUUAAGCAUCA